AUCCCAGUAGAUGGAGGUACUGCAACUUCUGACCAGUAGGGGGAGGUACGGCACCUUUUUGGUGGUUGUAGCAUAACGUGAAGAAGAACGAGGAGACCAAUGGAAAUGUGACAGGAAUCUCUGCUUAUAAUCUAUCUGUGUGCUGUUUGACCGACGGCGGUGAAGAUGUUUCCUAGUUUUGUAUUUCCAUUGCUUUUGCUCUUUAGUUUUUAUGAUAUGCCUUCUGAUGCGCAGAAGAAAAAAGAGACGUUGCUGUCUGAGAAGGUUGGUCAGAUGAUGGAGUGGGCGUCGAAGCGCUCCAUCAUCAAACUAAAUGGAGACAAGUUCCGUCGUUUUGUCAAAGCUCCUCCCAGGAACUACUCUGUAGUCAUCAUGUUCACAGCCCUACAACCUCAGAGACAGUGCGGGGUCUGCAGACAGGCUGAUGAGGAGUUUCAUAUAUUGGCCAACUCUUGGCGUUACUCCUCUGCCUUCACCAACAAAGUUUUCUUUGCAUCUGUUGACUUCGACGAAGGAUCGGACGUCUUUCAGAUGUUGAGUAUGAAUUCUGCGCCCACCUUCCUUCACUUCCCGGCCAAAGGGAAACAGCGGAAGACGGACAACUACGAGCUGCAGGUCAGAGGGUUCGCAGCGGAGCAGCUCGCCCGCUGGGUGGCCGACAGGACCGACGUGCACAUCCGUGUGAUUCGUCCUCCCAACUAUGCAGGGCCCCUCCUCCUUGGCUUCCUCUUGGCAGUUAUUGGUGGAUUGGCGUAUCUACGGAGACACAACCUUGAAUUCCUCUUUAACAAGAAUGUUUGGGCCUUUUCUGCACUCUGCUUUGUCUUGAUCAUGACUUCAGGCCAGAUGUGGAACCAUAUCCGAGGUCCUCCCUAUGCUCACAAGAACCCAAACACAGGACAAGUGAGUUACAUCCAUGGAAGCAGUCAGGCUCAGUUUGUGGCUGAGACGCACAUUGUCCUGCUGUUCAAUGGCGCUGUCACCAUGGGCAUGGUGCUGCUGUGUGAGGCCGCCACCUCAGACAUGGACAUCGGAAAAAGAAAAAUACUAUGUGUAGCAGGUAUCGGCCUUGUGAUGCUCUUCUUCAGCUGGCUGCUGUCCAUAUUUAGAGCAAAGUACCAUGGCUACCCCUACAGCUUCCUCAUGAGUUAGAUCUGACCCGGCGUCUCCUGGUACCAGAGGUUGGAUCUGACCCGGCGUCUUCUGGAACUUGUCUUCCAGAGGUUAAAGUGCCUUCAAUGCCAUUCUUCCCCAAGAUAACCAAUAACAGCCUUUCAACGUUCCUAAUCAAGGUCGUCCAGUUUGUUUGUCAGCAGCAGAGCAGGGUUGGCUGAUUAUCCACAGACUCUUGUUCUUUGGAUAACACUGUCCAGGUGUUGCGCCUCGAUUUCUUAAACGAUCAAACGACCCAUUCCUUCCAUGCUUCCAUGCAAGGAAUCAUGUGUUAUUUUGAACUCUAGGCUUGAUUCGUUAAAUUAUUUAAUUUUUGAGACUCCUCUUUUUGCCCCCUGGGGUUGAUUUUCGUUGACAUUGUAGUUUUUGUCCUGGUGUUGCGCAACACAUAAUUUGGAGGGAAGAGCAUUUUAUGUCAAAUAAGUGCCAUCGGCUAAUAUUUUACCAUCAGGUAUUUUCUUAUAGAUGUCAAUGUAUAUUGUUAAUUUAAUUUGUUGUCUUUUGGGCCAAUACCCAAUAAUUCAACCACCCUAAAUGUCCUUUAAUUACCAUUUUAUAAGCAAGGAAAUGGAAAGAAUGAAAACAUAGUAGUACAAUCGUUUUUACUAAUUCUACAUAAACCCUUGGUCUUCAGGAUUGGCUAAGUAAGAAUCUGUAAAAAAAGAA